AUGACGGACAUUACACGGCAAAUUUUCUUCUACUUCGACGUUGGCGACAUCGAGACCGCCAAAUCGUUCAUUAUCAAAGCUUGGGACUGGCUUCGUCGUGAGAAAGUUGUAUCCGAGGAAACACAUUCCGAGGCCCAGCGCAAGCUGGAAAUAUGCGACGCGGCACCUCAGGAGACGGACGAGCAAAUCUACAAAGUCGUUCAAAGCGAGGGUGGAGUAUUCGUUGGGAAAGACUGCAGGGAGUUGUGGUCUAAAGGAAAGCUUGUUAGAAAAUGGAAACGCUGCUGCGACCAGUGGUGCGAAGUGAAGAUAUAA